GACAGGGGCGGGGCGGAGCGGCGGGGCGCGGCGGGGACGGGCGAGCAGUGAGCGCGCUCCAGGGGCCGGGACGGAGGGGGCGGCCCACGCGCUCGGGCCGCUCGGCUGCAGCUGCGGGGCCCGAGGUCUCCGCGCACUCGCGCCCGGCCCAUGCUGGAGGCGGCGGAACCGCGGGGACCCAGGACCGAGGCGGCGGGCGCGGGGCGGCCCCCGGCACGCUGAGCUCGGGAUGCGGACGCUGCUGCCGCCCGCGCUGUUGACCUGCUGGCUGCUCGCCCCGGUGAACAGCAUUCACCCAGAAUGCCGAUUUCAUCUGGAAAUACAGGAGGAAGAAACAAAAUGUGCAGCGCUUCUGAGGUCUCCAACAGAACAAUACAAAGCCUGCAGUGGCGUCUGGGACAACAUCACAUGCUGGCGGCCUGCCAACGUAGGAGAGACGGUCACGGUGCCCUGCCCAAAAGUCUUCAGCAAUUUUUACAGCAAAGCAGGAAACAUAAGCAAAAACUGCACGAGUGACGGAUGGUCGGAGACGUUCCCAGAUUUCGUCGAUGCCUGUGGCUACAGCGACCCGGAGGACGAGAGCAAGAUCACGUUUUAUAUUCUGGUGAAGGCCAUUUAUACCCUGGGCUACAGUGUCUCUCUGAUGUCUCUUGCAACAGGAAGCAUAAUUCUGUGCCUCUUCAGGAAGCUGCACUGCACCAGGAAUUACAUCCAUCUGAACCUAUUCCUGUCCUUCAUCCUGAGAGCCAUCUCAGUGCUGGUCAAGGACGACGUUCUCUACUCCAGUUCAGGUGGGCUGCAAGCUGAGCCUGGUCUUCCUGCAGUACUGCAUCAUGGCCAACUUCUUCUGGCUGCUGGUGGAGGGGCUGUACCUCCACACCCUCCUGGUGGCGGUGCUCCCCCCCGGAAGGUGCUUCCUGGCCUACCUCCUGAUCGGAUGGGGCCUCCCCACCGUAUGCAUCGGUGCGUGGACUGCAGCCAGGCUCUACUUAGAAGACACCGGGUGAGUCCAUGCCCAGACCGCAACCUCGAAAACGGGCCCGGCAACGUCUGGCAACACGAAGUCCUUUGGAAGCCAGGAGGUUACCUGGUUGGAAGGACAGGGAGCGUUUGCGGCCAACCGACAGCCACGCAGGAAGCUUCUGGGCGAUUCAUGGGGAGAAAUCCUAUGAGGUUGGAGUAUUGGAGGAAGCCCCAUGCAGGAGACAGGAAUUGCUGGGAUACGAACGACCACAGUGUGCCCUGGUGGGUCAUACGAAUACCGAUUUUAAUUUCCAUCAUUGUCAAUUUUGUCCUUUUCAUUAGUAUUAUACGAAUUUUGCUGCAGAAGUUAACAUCCCCGGAUGUCGGCGGCAACGACCAGUCUCAGUACAAGAGGCUGGCCAAGUCCACACUCCUGCUCAUCCCGCUGUUUGGCGUCCACUACAUGGUGUUUGCCGUGUUUCCCAUCAGCAUCUCCUCCAAAUACCAGAUACUGUUUGAACUGUGCCUCGGGUCAUUCCAGGGCCUGGUGGUGGCUGUCCUCUACUGUUUCCUGAACAGUGAGGGCUGUUCUGCCUCCCCAAGAAAGGCGGGCUGAGGAGAACACCAGAUCAGGAGAGCAAGGUCAUGCAGGAGGGAGCGUCUCCACACAGGUGUUCCGUGGGACCCUCAGCAGCCCUGGCUCUGCCUCAGGAGGUCACCUGCCGCCCUGUGGGAGCCGCAGAGCCGGACGCUCAGCCCCAGGCUAGCUGCAGCCAGGCCUGCAGGUCCCUGGUGAUGGCGUUAUGUGGGGCGCAGGAUACAGCUGGGUGGGAACUGGAAACGUAUUCUCUUUUUAACAAAAAUAAUCUUAGAAUCAUUUCUGUCCAAAUAGAGAAUUAUUUUAACAACAUAUAAAACUGUUUCAAGCCCUCCUCCCCGGAGCUGGCGCUCAGCAGCCCUAGCGGCUGCUCCUUCAGGCGAAGGGUUAUUUGCAGACGUGGGGAGGGUGUCUGGGGACAUUGCUGAGCCCGCUGCAGAAGGGUGGGGACAUCAGGGCGCAGUCUCCAUGCCUGUGCCAAACCCUGGUCCCCACAGCGCUCAACGGACCUCAGCAGGCUGCCCAGCCCUGGCCCAGGUGCCUCGACUGCAGGACUCAGUUGUUCUGAGUGCAUUUGACUCCGCUUUUCCCUUAAAAAUGAACGUCUUGUUCCCAUGCAUUGGUGGCAUCACAGACCCCAGCUGGAGCACGGUGCCAAAGGCCAGGACAGCCAUGCUGGGAGGCAGCCACAGGGAAGCUCACACAUCCUGUCAGCAUCACCUUGGUUUGCAAAACCCACGUCCCCAGUAAAAUGAGGCCAGAUAGAGGGGCUGUUAGGAUGGCAAAGCAGCAGUGUCCAGAGACCCCUCAAUCCCCAACGGUCUGCACCCUCUCCUGCACACCCUGCCAGCCACGCCCCAUCCUGCACCCCCUGGGCCACGCUGGCCACACUUCUGUGCUGCAGCAAGCUCAUCCCUGGACUUCUGGGAGAAUGAACUCCAGGUUGGUUUGGAGACGAAGGUGAGGCGGUCAGAGGAUCUAGAGAACAGCUCACCCACCAUUUCUGGGGGCCGCAAAGGCUCCAUCAGAGACUGAUGCUGGGAAGCAAGUGACCCAGGCCAGGUGUCCAGGAAAGGACAGCUCAGUGUGUGGAGUGCAGCGAGAGGGAGGCGGGUGGACGCAGCAGACCCCAGGUUCAGUGCAGCCCCUCGGCUGCUCCUCCCCUGUGGAGUUUGGACAGACCCACCCCCAGCCUUGCCUGGCUUUAAAAGGACAAAAGGGAGCAUCCCCCACCCACUCAGGGUUUGGAGGAAACAAAGAUUUGUGGUAACUGAAGGUGUUGGGCCAGUGGCCAGGUGUGGACACUGAGCUGUGACCCAGAGGGGACGUUGAGGAAGUGGGCGUGAGUGGUCGUGUCAGCCGGUUACCAGGCACUGGUUGUGUGGUUGACGGUCGGUGGUUGGGUGUGGGAGGUCAUCAGUCAUCAGGUGUGCCCAGGGGACAUUCUCCCCUCAGCUGCACAUGUGCCAGUGUCCAGCAGCGCCAAGGACUGGUUCCUCCUGCCUGGAUCAGGUGUGCCCAGGGGAUGCUCUCCCCUCAGCCAUGUGUGUGCCACUGUUCAGCGGAGCCGAGGACUGGUUCCUCCUGGUAGAGGGGCAAGCUAUCAGCUGUUUCUAACAGAUGCCUGGUGAGCAGGGGACGUAGGACCCCACGGUCAGCAGUUGUCCUUAACUGUCAUUGUGUGUGGAAUGUCCUCCAUGUGGCAGGAAUGAGCUGUGUAAAUACUUCAAUAAAACCUGACUUCACAUCUGCA